AAUUUAAUCGAAUAAGUGUGUCACGCGGUUCAUAACUCCGAUCGACAUGAGCCGCAAUUUUGUUGGAAAGUUGCUGAUCUUUCUGUUAUUCUUCAUUGGCAGUUUAGAUACGAAAGUAUUAUCAAAUACACUGUCUCUCGGUGAUGGAAGUGUAUUUGAAAUGAUGUUAACUAAUGACACUACACCAUAUAUGAAACAAAUAUCUAUUGCAGCAAGUAGCAAAGCAAUCUUUAAUGUAACAAACGUUUCCUCCACCGCUUCAUUUAUUAUUUUUCAAAUUCAUAUUUAUCAACAUAAUGUUACAUUAUCUUUUGAUAAAGAUUGUCUUGAUAAAGUUUCGAAUAGAAGCAUAUUUGGAUCAAACAUUGGUCUUCUCUCUAAGCUAACCACUAAUAUAAUGACACAAUUUUUCGUGAAAAAUGAUAAUGUUCACGAUGUUAAGGCUCUGCUCGUUGUUAUUGCUUACAAUAAUAAAGCACCCGUACCGGGUGGAUGCAACAUGGAGUUCGAUACCGAGAUCGCGCCGUACGCGAGAAUGCGGACACGCGACGCGAUGGUGAUCGUCGACGUGCAACCAGCCUCGUUACCGUUCAACUCAAUGCCCUGGACUUGCGAAAAGGAGCCGGUGGAGGUCGAGAUGUACCAGAUGUACCUGCCCGAGCAGGACCUCACUGCCGAAACUUAUUUCACGGGUAUCGUAAACAUGCUAACUGUGGAAGAUAUCAAAAAGAACGGAGUGAAGGCAAUGGCUUCCAUUGUUUCCUCUCCGAUGAGACGAAUAUUUAGCGCGUAUUUCGGAGUUGGCUCGGUUUACGUCGCAGUGGCUAGUUAUGGGGAUUAUUCUGCGGCCUAUGUCCCGAUAUUUUCAUACGGCUGUAAUCCCACAAUCGAUCCUGUAUCGUGUGACAUUUUAUCCGAGGGUGUUUUGAAGUUUAUUUCUGCCGUUUGUUUCUUCGUGGGAUUAUUUUUUACAUUCCUGGGUCAUCAUGUCUCUAGAGUUGAAAAAAUGUUUCCUAUAUUUUUCAUUGGGACCGUAAUUGGAUAUGCCAUAGAAGGUAACAUUAUAAUUGGCAUGGCAAUAGGUUUGCUCUUCAACCUGUUGUCCUUAGUGUGCCCAUACUCCACAGAGCAUCGUAACGUUGCAUUCCUGGUCAAUAUUACUCUGGGCUUGUUCUUUGCGUGCGUUGCUUACUUACACUCCCCAGGUUCAUUUGUAAUUCUGCAGAACAAUACGGUAUUUUGGUUUCUAUUUUUGACAUUGGCUCUCGGUAUAGCUGUUGUCACGACAUUUUGCUUUUGUUCUUAUAUUACGUGUUCCAUAUUUUCAUCCUUCACGAUAAUCCUGCCGAUUGAUUAUUGGGUUGGCUCUUCUCUGAAAUAUAUUAUGAUAAACAUCGUAAGGCGAGCAACUGUGGAGGAUUUUAAUCUAGCCAUUGUUCGACCUCCGAUUCAGACUAAGGAUAUAUGGUUGAUUGUAUUCUGGAUAUGUUUGGCGUUAUUUCACUUUUAUAAACAUUACCAAAAUCAAUUAUUAUUAAAUGAUAGAAUGACAGAAACAACACCAUUGUGGAAUCAAUAUUAACGAAUCAUGUUCCAAAUAUUUACUACAAUUACGAAUGAUGUAGUUCACGAUUUUUCAUAUACAAGGAAUGAAUUUAGAUUGCUAAGUUGAUUGAAACAUUUUAUGAUGUAAUGAUAAUACAUCAAAGAUACUUAAGUGAUAAUCUCGUACAUCUAUGAUUUAUAUUGAUAAUAUUUUUUAAUUUUAAUUGUUAAUUUUAUAAAUUUUAUACCAAAUACAUUUAAACAUGAUAUAAUUAUUUAAAAAAAUAUUCAUAUUAUUCCUUCCACUUAUCAGUCACUGUAAUUCAUAUACAAAAAAUAAAUUCUCCCAUUAAUCAUUUCUUAAUAUCAAUUAAAUUUUUGUUAGAUUUUUAUUUCUUUUUAUAUUUUUCAUGCGAUAAAUAUCUUUAAAAUAAUAGAUAUGAAAAAAAUAAGAGCAUAAAUAUUAAUUUCUCAUUUAUUCAAUAUUCUUAUUUCGUCGUUCUUUACAAGCUAAAACCGUAAAGUGUUUAUUAUUCAAAUAUUUGAAAAUGAAGCAAAGAAUGCAAUUAUUCCGCUUGUAUUGGUUAAACGUUAACCAAGAGGCAUCGAACGUUGAGCUCUCCAUCCAUCGAAAUCGGAAACAAAGAAACGGGAAAAAUAGAAUUACUUUGAAGUAUAAAAUACUGUUCACGAUGAAAAAUAGUGUUUCGAAGUAACGAUACACGUAUAAACGUACUCGGAAUAUAAAGGAAUCCAAAGGAUAACGAUGAAAGAUUUCAAGUGUUUAUUGAACAAAAAAUGCCAGAUGACUUGUGUUGUCAUUAAAAUGAAAUAACAUUUAUUGAAUCGAGACAGUGACACCUAACAGUGGUUUUCUAUAUCCUACUACUUACAAUCUUAAAGGUAAUCACAGCAACAAUAUUAUCUCCAUUAUUCACAACACUUACGUAGAUUACUGUCGCAAUAAUAUAUUAUUCUCGUUAAUAAAUUUGUUAAUACUCAUACACUGUAUUCGUUAUCAGUAUUUAUUAUUACAGAUAAUAAGAAAACUGCGUGACCACUUCCGCGUCACCGUCCUCGGGGGUCUGUCCAAGAUUCACAGGAUCAUUCGCAACGUGAAUCAAAGACAUUCAUCUUCAUCUUCGUUCCCAAUAACAUCACUGAAAUGGAACUUGCCCCUAUCUUUAAACAUGCAAUUUAUUAAAACAACAAACAAAAUAGAGAUAAAAUUUACGCGGCAACGAAUCCAACGUCAAAUUCCAUUUCGGUGUGUUAUAAAUAUUUUAACGACUUUCCACAGAAAUUGUCGAUUGUUCUUGCGCACAACGUAUUAUUUUUCAGGCAUAUUUUUAUCUUCGCGAGAAACGAUAAAAUCGGCCAAAAAAAUAAAGUAGCUCGACGAAGCCAUUUUUAUAACA